AGAGGAAGAGGAAGAGGAAGAGGAAGAAGAAGAAGAAGAAGAAGAAAAAGAAGAAGAAGAAGAAGAAUCCUUUCAGCUAUCAUGUACGAAUUAACGGUAGAGGCAUUGGAGAAAAUGAUGCGGGGCAUAGAAGUCGUGAAGCCUGUACUCCAAGUAUUGGGCUACAAGAAACUGCCGGUAACCGCUAACAAGGAUGGCUCCGAUCGGUACAGACUGCUGGUGUCCGACGGACAGAAGCUGAACUCGUUCACAAUGUUGGCCACCCAGUUAAAUCACUUGAUCACCGACGACAUUUUGAAUGAAUACGCAGUCUGUAAAAUAACAAACUACCAUUUGACCACAGUGAACAACAGUGGAAGAGAAAAGUAU